AUGGAAUCAGAAGCAUCUAUGUCAUUUUCAGCUGCGUCUCUUGUGGAAGACGUACUUCAACAACACGGUCAUCGCCUCAAAGAUCUUGAUUUAGAAUUUAGAAAAGCAGAAGAAGCUGCAUCUAGAAGAUAUGAAGCGGCUGGGUGGUUGAGAAAAAUGAUCGGAGUUGUUGCUGCUAAAGAUUUACCAGCAGAGCCAUCUGAAGAAGAGUUUAGGCUUGUUUUGAGAAGUGGAAUUAUCUUAUGUAAUGCUAUUAAUAAGGUUCAAUCUGGAGCUAUUCCUAAGGUUGUGGAGAGUCCUAUUGAUUCUGCACUGAUCCCCAAUGGAGCACCAUUAUCGGCUUAUCAAUAUUUUGAAAAUGUGAGAAAUUUUAUGGUGGCCAUACAAGAAAUUGGACUUCCUACCUUUGAGCCAUCUGAUCUGGAACAAGGUGGAAAAUCAUCCAGGAUUGUGAAUUGCGUUUUGGCUCUUAAGAACUACUGUGAAUGGAAACAGAAUGGCGCAAAUGGUGCGUGGAAAUUUGGUGGAAAUCCCAAACCUACUAUUUCUGCUAAAUCUUUUGUGAGAAAAAACUCGGACCCGUUCACUAAUUCCUUGUCAAGGACCUCUUCAAUCAAUGAAAAAACUCUGGUUACUCUUAAUUCUGAUAUUGAGUCUAGUAAAAUGCCUGGUUCCCUUUCUUUGAGUAAGCUUGUUCGUUCUAUUCUGUCAGAUAAAAAGCCAGAAGAAAUUCCAAUGUUGGUUGAAUCUGUUUUGAAUAAGGUUGUUGAGGAGUUUGAACACCGUAUUGCAAGCCAAGGUGAACAGACAAAAAUUACACUAAGAGAUCAUGUUUCUCAAAGAAACGGAUCUGCCUCAAAGUUUGUCGUGGCAGAUAAAAAGGUGGAGAACAAAAUUCAUAAAAAUCAUGUGGCUGCUGAGGAAUUGCAAAGCCAACACCUUAAAGAGAAAAUGCUUUUUGACCAACAGCAAAGAGACAUUCAAGAGCUAAAGCUUACUCUUCACACGACAAAAGCUGGUAUGCAGUUCAUGCAAAUGAAAUUUCGUGAUGAAUUUUCCAAUCUUGGAAUGCAUAUUCACAGCUUAGCUCAGGCUGCUUCUGGAUAUCAUAGAGUUCUGGAAGAAAAUCGCAAACUAUACAAUGAAGUUCAAGAUCUAAAAGGAAGUAUUAGGGUAUAUUGUCGAAUAAGACCCUUCUUUCCUGGACAACCAAACCAAUUGAGCGCAGUAGAAAGUAUAGAAGAUGGAACCAUCACAGUUAGUAUUCCUCCGAGGAAUGGAAAAGGACAAAGAUCCUUCAACUUUAACAAAGUAUUUGGACCAUCUGCCACCCAAGCGGAGGUAUUCCUGGAUAUGCAACCACUUAUUAGAUCUGUUCUUGAUGGUUAUAAUGUCUGCAUAUUUGCAUAUGGCCAAACAGGAUCAGGAAAAACUUACACAAUGACCGGACCAAAAGAGAUCACAGAUAAAAGUCAAGGGGUAAAUUACAGGGCUCUAAGCGAUUUGUUUUUUAUAGCCGAUCAAAGAAAGGACACUUUUCACUAUGAUGUUUGUGUUCAAAUGAUUGAAAUUUAUAAUGAGCAAGUCAGGGAUCUAUUGGUCACUCAUGGAACAAACAAAAAAUUAGAAAUUCAUAGCAGCUCUCACAAAGGGCUCAGUGUGCCAGAUGCAAGCCUUGUCCCAGUGUCAUCAACUACUGAUGUUAUCGAACUAAUGAACCUCGGGCACAGGAACCGUGCAGUUGGAGCAACGGCCCUUAACGACCGCAGUAGUCGAUCUCAUAGUUGCUUGACUGUUCAUGUUCAAGGAAGAGAUUUGGCAUCCGGAGCUACCAUCCGUGGAUGCAUGCAUUUGGUUGACUUAGCAGGAAGUGAGAGGGUAGAUAAAUCAGAGGCCACUGGAGAUAGACUAAAAGAGGCACAACAUAUUAACAAAUCUUUAUCAGCUUUGGGCGAUGUCAUAGCUUCUCUGGCUCAUAAAAACACACACAUACCUUAUAGAAAUAGUAAACUAACACAAUUGCUCCAAGAUUCACUUGGAGGACAAGCUAAGACCCUGAUGUUUGUUCACAUAAGUCCAGAAAGUGAUGCAGUUGGAGAAACAAUUAGUACUUUAAAAUUUGCCGAAAGAGUUGCGACAGUUGAACUUGGUGCUGCUCGAGUAAAUAAAGAUAGUGCAAAUGUUAAAGAGCUCAAAGAACAGAUUGCCAGCCUUAAAGUAGCACUGGCAAAAAAAGAAGGGGAAUCAGAACAUUCUUUUUCUGGAAGCUCUGAAAAAUAUAGAAUUAAGACUGAGCUAUCCCCUUAUCAUUUAAAUCAGCCGGUUGUAGACUCAGGCGACCAACUUGGUUACAGGCGACCAAUGGUUGAAGUUGGCAACAUAGAGCUUCAGAGUAAAACCAUUUUGAGACAGAAAACUAAAAGUGUUGAUUUUGACGAGAUAUCAGUAAAUUCACCACCCUGGCCCCCAAUAAAUAGUCUUGUACAAAAUGACAUUGAGGAUGAGAAAGAAACCGGUUCCGGAGAAUGGGUUGAUAAGGUAAUGGUAAACAAACUAGAAGCAAACAAAACUGACAACAACCUCUUGGGUUGUUGGCAAGAAAGCAAUGGAAACUUAUCCGACGCCUUUUAUCAAACGUAUCUCCAAGAUUCUUCCAAAAUGUAUUCAGAACAGUCCUAUAACAUGUUCAUGGGAGGUGACCAGUUUAAUAGCAUUAUGGCUUCAGAUGAUAACAUGGAUGAGAUUGAUGCCGCAACCAGUGAUUCCUCAGAACCUGACUUGCUUUGGCAAUUCAAUCAUUCUAGACUUACUGGUUUGACCAAUGGAAUUGGAUCAAAGUCUAUUAUGAAAUCCGUCUCAAAGCCAACAAAAAGCCCACAAUUAAGCAAGAGUUUUGUUCAAUCUUCUCUUGGUCCUUCACCUUCAUUGAAACAAUCAAAAGUUGUCUCAAAUAAGACAGGAAGGAGUCCAGCUCCGGUUGACAUGAAACGUAAAAUUGGGGGUAGAAAGUGA